AUGACGACCGUAACAUCCGACCCCACAUCCGCUCCCGACCUUUCGGAACAUGCCGACCAGCAACAAUCACUCCUCUGCCGCCUGCCUCGCGAGCUGCGCGACCAAAUCUACGAGUACUACUCUUAUGAUGAAGAGGGCUUGGAAUACGACUACACUUCCAAGACGCUGCAGUAUGCCAGUGGCAAAGAGCUCAAUCUGCCUCGUGAACACCAUCACGUUCACUCCUUGCUGUCUGGAAAGAGAAGAGGACAGCUUUCGUGGAUUACGCUCUCUGUCAGCCCGAUUCGAGCAUCUAUUGCACUUGGUCCAGUGGACUAA